AUGUUGCUGGUGCUGCUUUGGCUGUGCAGCUGGACUUCCGCAAGUGCCUGGACUCCGAAACAGGUGUCCCUGGCAGCUGGAAGCCAGGCAGACAGCCAAGUGAGCAUAACGUGGGUCACAGAUGACCCUCGCGACGAUGACAGCUCCUGUGCAGAAGUUGCGCUGGUGCAGAUCAAUGGGCCCCUCGACGCCUCACGGGUGCGAAGCUUGAAAAGCUUGGGUCCAGGUUUGCAGGUGGUUGGGUCGUGCUUACGCUAUUCUUUCGCAUCCGCUCCGGAACUCCAUGGGAAUUACACAUCUGGACGGAUACACCGCGUGAGGAUCAACGGCCUAGUUGCUGGCAGCACCUACAGUUACAGUCUGAACGGAGAUCCGCCAGGGACCACGCGCCGUUUCAAGACACUGCCUGCGUCCGAACAGCCGGAUAAUCCGGAUCCUCAGGCAGACGAUCCACGGUUUCCGUUUGUGAUCGGCGUGAUAGGCGACUUGGGCCAGACGACAGAUUCAGAGGAGACGGUGCGGCACCUGGAUGCAGACCCCAGCCUGCAGAUCAUCCUUCAUGCUGGUGACAUGGCUUAUGCGGACACAGAAUCCACACGCUGGGACAGCUACGGAAUGAAGGUGGAACCUCUGUCCUCGAGGCUGCAGUGGAUGGUGUGUCCUGGAAACCAUGAGAUUGAGAGCGACUACUACACAGGAGAUUGCUUUCAGGCAUAUGAGGCGCGGUUUGCAAUGCCUGCAGUACAGCCCGCGGAGUCUAUGCCGUCAACGCAGCAAAUCGGGUGCAUGCAUCCCUUUCCGUUUAGACCGCACCCAGGGCGAGACUGUACGCCUUCAAUAUUUUCGGGCAAGUACGACUGGGGAAAUUCUUUCUACGCCUUCGAUGCAGGCCCAGUCAGAGUUAUUUCCCUCAACAGCUACACUGAAUCUGGCCCGCAAUCAGCGCAGUACAACUGGCUGAAGGAGGAGCUAGAGGCUUUAGCGCGCAGAAGAUCGGCAACACCAUGGCUGGUUGUCAUGAUGCAUUGUCCUUUCUACAGCUCCAAUGCAGCGCACCAGAACGAAGCGCAGGCAAUCUUGAUGAGAGAUGCCCAUGGUUUUGAGGAGCUUCUGAACCAGCAUGGAGCUGCAGCGGUCAUCAGCGGUCAUGUGCACGCCUACGAGAGAACGCAUCCAGUGUACAGAAAUGCCUCGCACCCUGGCGCUCCUACCUACAUUGUGGUGGGUGAUGGGGGCAACAGGGAGGGCCACGCUUCGCAAUACCUGCAGCGACCCAGUUGGUCAGCCUUCCGCGAAG